UUUUGAGUUGUAUUCAUUUUUUCUUUGAUCUCUCCUUUGCCUCAGUCCCUUUCCCAAAGUUCAAUUCCCAAAGUCGACAUGCUGCGAGCUGCAUUGGCUGCGACGACGCGGUUACUUUCGCGGCCCGCUGCUUCCCCAUCUGCAUCGCUGCUCGCCAUCGCAGCAUCGCCAGCAACAGCAUCACCAUCAUCACCAUCACGAGCAGCAGUAUCGCCGCUCUCCGUCUUGGCAGCCCGUUCCUUCCAUGUGAGCACCGCUGCUGCGAAAGCUUCAGACGCUGGAGAGCCGACCACCACAGCCGCCGCUGAUGCUGCUGUUACUACCACGACAACAAAGCCCACCUUGUCACGGCGCGCAGCGUUGCGCGAACUCCGGAGCAAGAAGCUGGCGCACUUGAAGGAGCUCCGCACUCGCGCGUUCGAGCAGAACAAUCCCGAAGUCCCGCUGUACCUCAACCUGCUCAAGCCAGAAGAUGCAACCGUUGCUUCCCAAAACCCUGCAGAGGCACUCCGUCUCCUGCGGAAAUCCCAGAAGGCACGAGCCAAGCUGGUGCGCCGAGGAAAGCCGUUGUUGCGACCGGCUCAAUUCACGCCAACAGAGCUCUUGCAAAUGCUGCCACAAGAGACAAAGCAGCUCCUUGUUAAUUCCGUCACACGCCAGCGCGAAGCGUGGGUGCGACGCGUCUUCCCCGCAACUGCGGAAGAAUCUGCGACCUUGAUGGACGGCGAGGGCAAGAUCCACGUCCCUCGUAACGUGGUCAUGCGCGAAAUCCCUACACAGCGCACCUUGAUGUCAUUGAGCGACUAUGUAUUUGGCGCAGCACCUCGCACCGACCUCAUCCAUCGCUACGUGCUGUGGCAUCUCGCCUGCCAGCGCGCUGGUACCGCCAGCACCAAGACCAAGGCGGAGGUGCGCGGUGGUGGUCGCAAGCCCCGCCCGCAAAAGCACACUGGUCGUGCACGUCUCGGUUCCAUCCGCUCGCCCAUGAUGCGCGGUGGUGGUGUUGCCUUCGGCCCCAAGCCAAAGAGCUUUGCGUACGUUCUGCCCAAAACCGUUCGCCGCUUUGCUCUCCGCGCAGCGCUUUCCAUCAAGUACGCACAGGGAGAUUUGCAAAUCGUCGACUCGCUCAGCCCCAUCGUGCACAAGGCCAAGUAUGUGGGCCACAUUCUGCGCAGCAACAACCUGACCAAUGCUCUGUUGGUUGACGAGAAGGCCUCGCCAAACCUCAUCCGCGGCGCAAGCACCAUGCAGACGGUCAAAGCUGUCUCGGUCGACGCGCUUAGUGUCUACGACAUUAUGAAAUACUCAAAGCUCGUGCUGACCACCAAGGCAGUCGCCGCACUGGAAGACUUUUUGCACUUGCAUCUCGUCACCCGCCCGCGCACCCGCGCUCUCAUCCGUGACAGCUAUGUGGCCGCCGAGCGCCUGCAGACCAGCCAACCCACACAAUCAGUCCUUUCGGCGUCUGAGCGCGAGGGCAGCGCUGUCGUUCCCGUUCCUGGCCCGCUGUUUGUAGCCUCUAGCCCGGCCGCUUCCAGCACACCAGCUACCCCGGCACCAAUUGUGCCUCACAAGCGUGUCAAUUCACCCCGUCGCAAGCGCGAGCACAAGCGAAAGCUGGCCAAGCGACAACGCCAGGUCGCCUACCAACGCACUCAAAGGCUCGAGCGAGAGCGUCGCGAGCGAAAUCUCGGAAUUCAGCGAUAAUGCAAUGAUGACGAUGAUUGUUGCGUGAAAACUCCCUUGUUGCCCUUGUAUUUUUCUCUCCAACCAAGAUCUGUGCUUUUUUUUCUCAGAGCAAAAUAAUGAACC